AUGAAACCGCGUGGUGGUAAGAGGGCUGGAAGAGGCGGCGGCGGGCGUCAGGCUAACACUUUGGGGCUAUCCCGACGGGGCAGGGGACGCUUCAGCAAGCCGGUUCAGAAAGACAAAGGGCCGGAGGCGCGCAGGAAAUGGCUGCACCACUGCCUCCGGAAGCUGCAAAAGGCGCUCAAAAACGCGCGGAUUUUCGAGCAGCGGAAGCUGAAGCGGCGUCUGGUGCUGAUACUGCAGCAGCAGCAGCAGCAGCAACAGGCGGGGCAGCAGCAGCAGCAGGAACAUGGAGCUAUGGUUGCGGCACGGAAAGAGCAGCAACGGCAAGACGAAGAGAAGCUCAGAUUCCAACUGGCGAUCUCCCAGACCCUGCAUCUGGAUGCGCUGGCCGUCCAGCUGGCGGUCAGGUCGGGCUUCCCAGAGGACCUGGUGCGAGCUGCUGCUGCCUCGCGACGACCACCACCGCCACCUGCAACGACACAACCACCCCGCAAUGCAAAGAACAACCAACAACCGCAACAGCAGCAACAAUCACAAACGCCACAAUCACAAUCACAACAGCAGCAACCGCAGCAACAACCGUGGCGGGGUAAUGAGGGGCAGCAGGAACAGGAACAGACAGCCGCCGAGGGAGCACCUGGCUCCGGCCAACUAGACGGAGAGGCCGCUGCCGGCGGCGGCGGUGGCGGCGGCGCAUCUGUAACGAUGGCGGCGGUGCUAGGCGGGCGGCUCUUGCGGGCGUCGUGUGUACGGAAGGCCGUGGAGGAAGCCCGACGGGACUUCGAGGCCAAAUUCGGCGGGGCCGCGCUGGGGCCCGAGGAGGAGGAAGAGGAUGGGGAGGGCGGCUCAACGGAACCGGAUUCGGAGCAGGGUCAGCAGCGAGAUGCCAAUGUGGGUGGAGAUGAAGGUCCCUUCACUGAGGACGAGGACGAAGACGAGGACGGGGAAGAGGGGGCAGGAAGAGAUCGCCAGGAUGUGAAUAAGUUGAAGUCGAAAGAGAAGGGCAAGGAUGCCGGCGGCGGCGGCCGCUGCGGUGAUCCGCUGCUCCUGGACCGGAAGGGCAAGAACCGCCUAGGGCAGAACGCUAGACGGCGGCUUUACGAGAAGCUGUACGGCGCGGAUGCAAGGCAUAUGCAGGAGAAGCUGCAACAGAAGAAGGCGGCGGAGCGGAGGUCACGCGGAGGAGGAGGGGGAGGGGAUGCGGUACCGGGGAGACACAACAGUGCUAGCGGAGGUGCCGCCGGCCGAGGCGGCGGCCGAGGCGGCGGCGGCGGCGGUGGUGACGGCGGCGGUGCCGAGCAGCUCCACCCCUCCUGGGCUGCGAGGCAGCGCCAGAAGCAGCUGCUGCAGCAGCAGACGGCGGCGGCGGCGGCCCCCAAGAAGAUCAAGUUCGACGACGAAGAUGACGACAACGGCGGCCGCCGCCGCGGCGGCGGUGUGCAGGAUGGACCCAUGGGCGCCGGCGGGAGGGUCGCUGCUCCGUCCUGUCAGAGGCAGUCCGCAGCGGGUUCGCGGGGGGCCGAGGGUGGCGGGCGCAUGGACCGGAGGGAAAGUGGCGGUCGUGGCAAGGGCAGCGGCAGAAGCGGCGGUAGCGUCUUGGGUGGUCGAGCAGGAGCUGGACGUGGCCCCGGGAGGGGGGUUCAGCACACCGAGCGUGCUGGCGGAGGUGGCGGAAGUGGCGGUGACGGCUCGUUGCAUCCGUCCUGGGAGGCGCGCCAGAAGCAGAAGCAGCUGCUGCUGUCGGCGGCGCCCUCGGGCAAGAAGAUUGUUUUUGAGGAGUGA